GCCCGUCUGCUGCCAUUUAGUUGUCGCACACUCUGACGCAAGGUUGAGUUGUUCGUUCCGUUGUUCGAUUCGUAGCCACCACCGCCACCACCAACACCACCACCGCCACCACUACCACCACGAAUUGACUGAUCUGUCUCUCCGUCUGUCUAUCACUCUCACUCGCUCGCUCGCUCGCUCCAGUUUCGCCGAUUUUCGAGAGCCAGCCACAGCAGACAGGCCGCCGAACGCGACAACAUUCCCCCUUGGUUGGCGCGAUUUUGAUUGUUUCUCCGCCGCUUUUGCUUGGUUCUGCCCUGCCCCGCACCGGUGAGGACCGAACGCCCACACUAGCCCUCAGUUUCUCUUGGUUUGGCACAGCAACACAGUGAGCAGCGGCUCGAGCAUGAUGCAGAACGGUCUGGACGCUGUGCCGCAGACAAAUGGCGGUAGCCUGCACAACUCGUCGUCCAACUCGUCGGCGAACUCGCACAACUCGUCGUCGCAGACCAACUCUGCCGGCGGGCAAGAGGAGUCCAAGACCAAUUUGAUCGUCAACUACCUGCCGCAGACGAUGACCCAGGAGGAGAUCCGCUCGCUCUUCUCCUCCAUCGGCGAGGUCGAGAGCUGCAAACUCAUCAGGGACAAAGUCACAGGAGUGGCAGACGCUGCGAUUGCCGGCGGCAAAACGUCGUCGAUAUUCGAUGUUCGGAGCGCGCUGUCGGCCGAUUCGCAGCACAUAGGACAAAGUCUGGGCUACGGCUUCGUCAACUACCACCGGCCUGAGGACGCUGAGAAAGCCAUCAACACCCUGAAUGGACUUCGGUUACAGAACAAGACGAUAAAGGUGUCUUACGCGCGUCCGAGCAGCGAGGCCAUCAAGGGUGCGAACCUGUACGUGAGUGGGCUUCCCAAGAACAUGACCCAACAGGACUUGGAGAACCUGUUCAGCCCGUACGGCCGCAUCAUCACGUCGCGCAUCCUCUGCGACAAUAUCACAGUCCGCCAGUUUGUCGGUGGAGCCGAAGAUAAGUUACCCUUUGUUGUGGGCGACGACGCAGGCCUCUCCAAGGGCGUUGGCUUCAUCCGGUUCGACCAGCGUGUCGAGGCGGAGCGCGCCAUCCAGGAGCUGAACGGCACCAUCCCCAAGGGCUCCACCGAGCCCAUCACCGUCAAGUUCGCCAACAACCCCAGCAACAACAACAAGGCCCUGCCGCCACUCGCUGCCUACCUGACGCCCCAGGCGCGCCGCUUUGGCGGACCCAUCCACCACCCCACCGGCCGAUUCAGAUACUCGCCGCUCGCCGGUGACCUUCUGGCCAACAGCAUGCUGCCAGGCAACGCGAUGAACGGCUCAGGCUGGUGCAUCUUCGUGUACAACCUGGCGCCGGAGACGGAGGAGAACGUGCUGUGGCAGCUGUUUGGGCCGUUCGGCGCCGUGCAGAGCGUCAAGGUGAUCCGCGACCUGCAGACCAACAAGUGCAAGGGCUUCGGCUUCGUCACGAUGACCAACUACGAUGAGGCGGUGGUCGCCAUCCAGUCGCUCAACGGCUACACGCUGGGCAACCGCGUGCUGCAGGUCUCGUUCAAGACCAACAAGAGCAAAACGGCAUAAGUCUCCUGCCGCCGCCGGCCCCCGAACCGCCCCCGCCCACACCCACCCCGCAUAUUUCUGUCUCGACACCCGCGACCGCCAAAUUCAAAAAUGAAACCGACCGACCGACCGACAACAUCAAGAAGGCAUAAUAUACAAUAAUAAUUAAUGAAACAAAAAGUAUUUGAUGAAAGAGAGAAUAUUUUAGAGGAGAGCUAAAUGAGAAAUUUAUAUACAUAUUAUAUAAAUUUGAUACACACGGACGUUUUUCUACGGCUAAAAUGCUGCUGCGCUGCUGCACCUCGAGGGACGACGUCGACCACGGUGCACCGAAACGGCGACCACAUGAAACGAUUUGUACGAAUCUCCUCUACGCUGUGUUACGUAAGAAUGCAAUGUGUCGCGACAAACACACUUACACAUACACACACACUCACACUUACUCUUCGAUUCACACAUACACAUGAACACACACGGACACACAUCACACACAUUUACACACUCACACGAAAAAUGUACCUCUCAUCCAAAGAAUACAAAAGCCUCCUGCGUCAUAUCUCCUCCACUGUGACCACGUUGCUAGUCAAAUCGAACGAAAAAUUAUGAACAGUCGAUAGGAUUUAAUAAGCGAGAUUGAUUGAUGAUUGAUUGAUUGAGAAUUUAACGGAUCAGGCGCCACUGAGUCCAUUGCCGCGCUGAUUCCGACGAGCGAAUCCAGGCGGGCAGCAGAGCCGGCCCCUCCGCCGGGCCGCUCGCCGCGAACAGAAAGUACAAAUCGACAAUUAACAAGAGAAAAACAAAAGAAGCAAAAAAUAAUAACAAAGUUUGUAAAUAGAAGACAAGGCCUACACCUACUUCUAGUAAGUGACUUCCAAAUUUCAAGAUGAAACACAUUUGUAAAAGCUCAAAAGAUGCGCUGCAAAGAAAAGUGAGGCUCGGAUUAAAUUUUUUGUCUAAUUGUACAUACACGUGUAUUAAGAUUGCGUCAUCCAUCACUCUCUCCUCCCCUCUUUUUUCGUGGUAGUCGCCGCGACAGGGAGGAGGAAGCCCCGGGGCCACCCUGAGCCUCCCCCUCCCGCCCGGCCCUGAGCAAUGGAUUUGGACCCCCGCCUGUUUUGUGCGUGUCUGUAUUUAUUUGUUUGACACGAGAAAGACCUGCCCGCACCUCGUCGGUUCUUUUCUCGGAAGAAAAAAGUAAAACUAGUCGCCGACUAGCAGAGGGCUUUCGCUAGUCCGCCUAGUCACUCACUCACACCUCGAGAGGAAAUUAUUCUGAUAAUUGAUAAGUAGUACGAAUUGUAAACAAACAAAAAUAACACGUGUCGAGUGUUCGGUUGAAACUGAUUCGCAGAGAAAGCGAGAACGCAAAGGAAGAAGCUGCGACGACAUAAGACUAGGAAAGCGACUCUUCGCUUCCACGCCCGAAAACUUUCUCACACUGAUGGUGGAAUUUUGCUUUUCGUUCGUUUGAUUUUCAAGUCCCUUUUCUUUGAUUGUACAUUCACUCGUGUAGUAGCGAAUAAUUUUGCAGUUGCUGUCGUGUCAUUGUUUUUGUUUUUUCAUUCACUUUUUCAUUCACUGGUUGAAAUAUUUUUGUGCAUCUCAGAGCGCAGUUCGUAAAUAGAAUAUUUUCUUACGUGGCACCACCGAUCACCAAUGAAGUCGGUUUUAAUUUUAACGCGCCUCCGUCGUCUGGAAAAGCGACGGCGGAUUUUAGUCUUGUAAGUUUGCUCUCUUUAGUUUUCGCGACGAACCAAAGCUGCUGGUUUUCUCUCACUUGUGUUGAAUUAUUGCGCCGCCGCAACGAUCAUCUCACGUUUUAUAUAGUAUUAUCUAUUUACUUUAUAAGAAGCAGAUCAAGCACUAUUUAUAUAUUUACACCAAGAGUAAAUUAUGACAAAGAAAAGUAUUUAUUCUCUUACCGUUUCUUAUUAUUAUCAGUUUUCUCAUUUCUUUCUGUUUGUUCUUUAGUUGAUAAGUUAUGAGUAUGAUUAAAAGUAUGAUUUGUAUAAUUGCACAUUCGUCUUUUCAUUUCAUUUUCAUUCUCGUUUUGUUCUCGAUUAUGUUUUCGACUCCACCUCGUGUUGCACAAUAUACACACAAUACACACACACAUAACUCAACGCGCGCAGCACUAUUUUGAUGAAAAAGAGCCAACUUUUGGUAUGCUCCGUGGCAAGCAACCAACUCACACAAAAACACUCACAUAAACACACACACACGCAAAGACAUAUUUCAUGUAAUAUUAUAUAUAUGCUAUAACACUCACACGAACACUCAUACAUAUAUUAUAUAUAUAAAUAAAAUGAUGAUCAAAAAAUCAGGUGAACGCUAUCAAAAACGCUGCCCGUAUAAAGACAUUUAAAAAAUCCAAAGACAACACUUCCAAGAGACAAAGAGGAAAAGAGUAAUAAAAAUUUAUUUUUGUAAGAACACUUAUCAAAAGUAAAGAUAAUGUUGCUACUAACCGCGAGUACUCUCUUUAAAUAAAAGUAUCAAAGACGCAGAAAGUAAACACUCACUACAUUCCUGUGUAGCAGUGGCCGAUUUUUAACUCGAACAAGGAGAGACGAAUCAUUGUAAUCAACCGAAAAUGGAACCAAAAUUACACAACACACACACACACGAACACAAUCUCGACACACUUUCCCCCUUCCCCGCCCGCCGCUUUAGCCAAAAAAAAUUGAAUGGUAGCGAAGGAGUAACAAUCGCGGUUCUUUUCCGAGUAUUUGCAAAAGACAAAAAACUUGCCUAACACGACGAGUAAAAAGUUGUACUAUGUAUGUGUAUAUUAUAUAGAUAGACACGAGACGCCGGGCUGUAUGCAAUAUUUCAUGUUAAAAAGCCCCCCAACCCUUUGAACCAGCCAGCCUGAUAUCGUGGAAAGUUAGCCUCGGCCCAGCAGAGCGAAACCUUUUUUUCUGUCACAGAAAUUAUUGCCAUUUGAAAAUGAAUUAACAGCAUAGUACUGGACGCCGCCACAAUUUCACCGUGUCUGGAAACUGAUUAUUCCAUCCAUUGACACACGGGAAAUUCAAUCUGUUCCUGCAUUGGAAACCGUUUGAAGUUUCCAGGUUGGCAAUUGAAAAGGAAUUCAAGGGAUGCGUGCAAAACUGACUGGCGAACAUUUUUUUCAGUGAUCACGGUAAACGAUUUUUUGCAGGUUUUUCCAAAAAUGUUCAAAUCAUUUGAUUUUUCCACGGCCCAUUUAAAAAGUUUCUGCUUCAAGUGUGGUCACUGUCUAAAGCGAAUCCGGUGAGCGCGUUUUUUUUCUGGGAAAAAUUGGCCAUUUGCACAAUCAUCCCUUCGGCAUUUAAUGCAGACACACCUGGCGGUAGUUCCAAGCAAAAAUUUCCUCAGAGAUGAAUUGGCAAAGAACAGACGCUUAGUGAUCGGAGGAAAAAAGCCAGCUGGGUCGAGAGACUCUUUCGAGGCUGGCUGCGAGAAGCCGUAAGUGACGCAGCCGCGAACUACAGCACAGCGGCCCCCUCCGGCGGACGGAGGUGCCGAGAGAGCAACGAAGCAACAGCAUAACUUGCCAGUCGAUUUGUGUCCUUUUCGAGGUAACCGACCGUUUAUUAUACAAACGUGUAAAUAGACAGAUACAGACAUCACACAUUUUCACAUUCACUCACACGAAAAAACACACGCGCAUAAUCCCGAAAGUUUAUUAUCGUGGAGGACGACGUUUCCUGCCAAAAGAGCAAGGCUCCUCGAUACCGACUCGAGCGAGAUUUGCACCCGAAGCGCGCGUGCUCGUUUUUCAAGCGCGCUUCCGCCCCCCAGCCCCCUGUGUACAUUACAGAGCAAAAAUUAAGUGAAAAAAGAUGGAAAGAUGACCAUAUUUUUGACAAUGUUGCAACACACAAACACACGCAAGAGAAAUAAAAGCGCAAUCCCAUCGGGUUGCGAGCCAAACUUGUAGAUAGAUUGCGCGCGAACCUGAUCGAUUUAUAAAAAAAAGAAUAUCACGCAUUACUCUAUUAUUGAAGGUAUUAAAACUGAUUAGAUAUGCAAAAUAAUGUGUGUCAGAGCAUACAACGAAAUUUUGCGAGCGAAAAUUUAAAUGUUAAACACGUACACUCUUUCUCACACACACACGAUAUCAAAAGCCAGUCAUGACUUGUGAAGUUGUGAAAAAUAUGGUCCUUGUAAAGGAUGAUUUUCCACACGCAUUUGUCUGGAAAUUGUUGAACAAAAAUAUCAUAUUAUUGUACUGAGAGCAGAGCAAUGAAUCUUGUUACCGGUUGAGGAAGUAUUAAAAGUCGAUUGCGAUGAGGUAGGUGUGGAAAAAAAAUAAGCAACACACACUCACUCACACACAUCAAACUCACACACCACCGCCACCACUACCAUAUUACACAUUCCUGCUGAUGUAAAAAUCAUACUCACAGAUAUAUUUUUUGGUUCCGUGUACCAAAGAGUAAUCGCCAGAAAAGAAAAAUAAAAGAUCCCCGCCCCCGCGCGCGCGUACUGCAGCUCUCUUCACGACGCAUUUAUCUCGAUAAUGUGAUUAAUGCCUGUUCUAUGACGAAAACGAUGAGAAAAUCUAUAUAUUUAAGAAAAAAAAUAAAAAUAACUUUUACACACAACAAAAAAAACAUUAAGAUACGCUAACCAGGCAAGAAUGGAUGCUGAAUAUGUGACAAAAUAUGGUUGUUUAAAUUAACAAAACUGCUUUUUAUCGUUCACAAACACACACACACGUAUAGCUAUGAAGUAAAAAAGAGGAAACAAUGCAAUUUUAUGACACGAGUUUGAGGAGGAAAAAGCGGCGUCGACGUUCUCCGCCCGCGCAAAUCCUCAUCGAUUGGUCGGUCAGAAUGAAAGAAAGUGUUCAAACCUUUUCCAUAUCGAUUCUAAACGUCAGAUGAAAAGAAUAAAAAACCGCCUCGACUUUUGGUCGGGCAAAGCACGGACACUUUAGCGUGGGCAGCGGAGGGCGCGGCGCCGCGCGAUGUGCGAGCCGCGUAGAAAUUAUUGACGAGAUUAUUCUAAUUAUGUGUAGACCUACAUACUUUACAUACCUCUCUUUGCAUAAAAUUAUUAAAGUACAUAUAUAUUCUAGCCGCGCGAUUUGAUUGGUCAAAGCCAGGAAUCUCAUUGAAAAACGCAGUGUGUGUACGGAAAACGCUAUCACUAUUUAUAAAUAAUAUGCUAAACGACACUAAAAAAGAACGAGAGACAAACACUCACACACUCACACACACACACGAACGCGAUCAAAAUAGCAGAUUAAUAUUGCUGUGUAAAUUUACAUUUAUCUCUUUGAUUAUACCAGCUACUACGAAGAUGUGUAACUUGUAAGAAUCAACAAUUAAUUAAAUAUAUAUUUGAUUGACAUCUCGGAGGUCGUGGGCGCUGACUCCACGAUCGAAAUGACUGAUUUUCAACCCUGCUGAAGACAAAGCAAAGUUCUUUCUCGAACACAUUCCAUUUUUUGUGCGCAGAGAACAACUAUAGGAGUUGAAAUAGAGCAAACACACACACAGACACGAUUGAGACGAAUUCGCCAUCAACCUCCUCUCUCCAUUAUUCAACGCAUAUAUAUUAUUAUAUAUUGUAAUACACACGUGCUAUAUACACAAACAAGAAGAGAAGUGAAGUAACGAAAAAAAUCGACGAAACGGGAGAUAGAAAGAAAGAAAGAAAGA